AUGCUUAUAUGUCAGCGGGCAAAUCACUUGUUGACAGAUUGGAAAGAGGCCCAGCAGUAUUGUCCCAGCAAUGGGAUUAUUAAUUCCCCGCCAGCUAUUAUCAGAUGGGAAAAGCCGCAGAGGGGCAGAUUUAAGUGCAAUAUUGAUGUCGCUUUUUCUCAUAAUAAGGUUGAUUUUGGUGCUUGCAUAAGAGAUGAAAUGGGUAAUUUCAUUGUAGCCCGGACAAAAUGGUUUUCACCUUGCACCGACGUUGUUAUUGGAGAGGCUCUUGGCCUUCUGAAAGCUUUAAACUGGGUCCAUGAUAUGGGGUACGACAAUAUGGAUUUUGAAUUAGAUGCUAAGCGAGUUGUGGAUAGUGUGACCAUUCUGAGACCUAAUGACUCGGAUCUUGGAGCUAUUACGGGAGAAUGUAACCGGUUGAUAGCUCUUUUCUUUAGGAACUCUCAUGUUAAGUUCGUUAGAAGACAAGCUAAUGAGGUUGCUCACGCUCUUGCACGGGUGGCUCCAUUAAUGGCUAGUUUUCAUAAUUUCUAUGAUAUUCCAACAUGUAUUCGGAAUAUUAUUAUUAAUGAAAUGAGUUAA